AAGUAUACCUAACCCCAAUUCCCAAAAUUCACAAUUCUAAUUUGUAAUUUCACUUCCACGCAGUCACGCACAUCGCAGCCGUCUGACGCAGGGACGCGGGACUUGGACGACCGACGAGGCGACGACGAUCUGAAUCUACGGCAACUGGCGUCAAUCUCCGGCGACGGCGACAACAACAACAGCUCUCCUCACUUCUCUGCCGUGACCGCACCUUUUAACGCAGUACGGUGCCACUUUCGCCAGACUCUGGCGUUUUUGUUUGAAGGCAAUGAGCGAAAGUAUUCAAUGGAAUCUAUUGAACCAGCUGGAGUAUAUAUUAGAAUCCGAUCCAUUGAUUGAUGAAGUUGGGUUUAUCCAUCCAUCUCAAUUUGAUGUACUGAAUGAAGAUGUUGGGAGUACUUCCUUGUCUGCCGAAUCGAUAUCUCAAUCAGCAGACACAACUAAUAUAUCUGGUAAGGUUUUUUGGAGCAGGGACCAUAAGUUGGGCAUCUCAACUGCAGCUCUCCUUCCACUGUACAAAGCAGCUAAACAUGCAUUCAUGGAUUCACUGAGACAGUAUAAGAUGCAUACUGGUCUGACCGAAGUUAGAGAUGAAUGUGAUGAGGUCAAUGUGCCAAAAUGCCCCUCAUCUUCUCUUACUGUUCUUGAAAAAGAAGUGAUGAAGCAUAGCAAAGCAAUUUUGCUCCUAAGCUGUGAUUUUGGUACUGCAUGGAAUUUCAGGAAGAAACUUGUUUCAGAGCAGCAAGAGUACUCAAUGUUCAUGGAAGAACUACUUUUGUCAGAUCUGGUUCUCUCAUAUUCACCUAAAAGUGAACGAGCAUGGAGUCACAGGAGGUGGGUGAUCAAGGUGAUUGCCGGAAAGUGUUCAAAUCUCCAAGAAAUAGUGGACAGAGAAUCUGAGUUUGUGAAAAAACUAGCUGAGAGAUCAAAAAUGAACUACCGUGCAUGGAAUCAUCGUUGCUGGUUAGUAGCCUACAUGCCGGUAGGACAAGUAUUAAGUGCCCAUAAUUUUCUCCAGAUGUUCCAUGAGUUGAACAAGUCACGAGAGUGGGCUGUACUUAAUGUUGCUGAUAAUUCCUGCUUUCAUUAUCGCGCUAGGUUAAUGCUCAGGAUAUUAGAAGCUUUCCUUAACAAAGAUGAAAAUGGAUUUUCUGGUGAAGAACUUGAUGAGAUGUGGAAGGAUGAGCUUGACUGGAUUGAGAAGUUAAUAAAGAUUUAUGUGGGUAGAGAGGCUUUGUGGCUUCACCGUCGCUUCCUUUCAUCAUGUUGGAUAAAACAUUUUGCUAGUACUAAUCAUCGUAAACCCCGGCAUUCUAGUAAGAAAAGUAGCGGCACAUGUGACAUUGACCGGUUCAUAGAUAAUGAAUUACAGCUAUUCAAUUCCUGUGCAACAAUAAUUGAUAGUCACUUCGAUGACUAUCAAGCUCAGGCAACGUAUGCUGCUACUUAUAUUAUGUGGCUUAAGAAGCAAAUACAAGUGGAGUCACUGGGGAUUGAGUUUCAAAGGAAGCUACAAGUAAGUGGACUGAAGAUGUUGCUGAAUAAUGCAUGCCCGGAGAAGGCUUUUCUUUGGGACUGUUUGCUUCAGCUGUGUGGAUCUGAAUAGCUUUCAACUAGAAGAAAUCACAAAAGCAUAACAGGUUGUGUUUGGUGCACUUGAAAAGCAGACACAUAAAUGGAACAAGGGAACAGAUAUUUAUUUAAUCUUACUGCUUUGACUCAUGCCUUUCUCUUUUUAAAAGUUCACUACCAAUAGGUGAUCGGUUUUAUAGUGAAAACUGAAAAGCACCAGAUUAUGAAGAUGAAAGAAAAGAAAACUCAGAAAAAAAAUCCUCACAAGUUUUGUUCUUGCACAAACAGCACAUAUGUUUGCUCAAGUCUCACUAUCUUACAAAGCUCAACUGAUAGACUUGUUGCUCAAGUCGAAUCAUAGUUUUUGUUUGUUUGUUUGAAAUGUUGAUAGUUUCAAUAUUUUAUUUUAUUGUUAUUAUUUUUUAACUAGGAACUUUAUUGAAUAAAAGAUAAAAGAUAUAAAAAGUUUGAUGUGUCAUUAUAUUGACCGCAUUUGCUGUUGCGAAAUGGUCAAGUCCUCCAACAUCCUCAUUAUGUUGGUCAUUUGUUGUCCUAAGUUUGGUUGCUCACCUCUUUUAGCCAUUGGUAACAAUGACACAACAACAACAAAAACUAGCAAUUAAGAAAUCAAGUUAGUAUAAACAG